GAAGCAAUGCAGUAGCGCUCUCUCUCUCUCUCUCUCUCUCGCUCUCGCUCUCUCUCUAUUUCUCUUUCUCUCUCCCUCUCUACCUCUCCAUUCCACUCAAUUUUUCUCUGUCCUUUCAGAUAAAAUAAAUAUAAUAAAAAGAAAGCCUGAUAUCCAGGAGCCAGGCAGUGACUUGCCCAGUACACACACACAUUGCCAUGCUCAAGGACUCAAGAUCCAAAUCACUGCUCUCUGCUUGCAGUUGUCCCCGUCUCUCUCCCUGUUCCCCCUCCCCUCAAUUUCUCUCUUCCCAGUCAAAAAAAAAAAAUUAACAUUUAAAAAAUAUAUAUCCAGGGGCCAGGUGGUGGCACACUGGAUUAAGCACAUAUAGUGCGAAGCACAAAGACCAGCAUAAGGAUCCCGGUUCCAGCCCCCGGCUCCCCACCUGCAAGGGGUCACUUCAUAAGCAGUGAAGAAGGGCCGCCAUGUGCUCGCCGAGCCUGGGGGAGCUGGAGGAGGUGCCCCUGGACGAAGACGACUCGGGCAGCCUGGAGGCGCGCCUGUUGGCCUUCUACAGCCAGCGGCACCUGGGCCGAGCAGGGCCCGCGCUCCGCUCCCCGCACCUGCCCCGUACCCGCAGCCUGGCCUCCAGUGAGCCUGGAGUGCUCCCGGCCAGGAAGAAGUCCUCCUGGAGGGCGCUGUUCGGGGCAGCGGAGAAGGAGUCCGAAGGCCCCAGCCGCGCCAGCCCGGGCCACUGCGCCAGAUCCCUGUCCAGCCUGGAGCAGCGCGCCCAGCUUACAGCCGUGGACCCUGCAGUUGUUUCCAUUGCCAACCGAGUGGCUGAAAUUGUGAAUUCCUGGCCACCAACAGAACUAACCCAAAAGCAGAGUGGGAGCUUCAAGUUCACAGGGGGGUUUCUACCCCAAGUUUUCCGGACCCAGGUUCUGAGCUUCCAGUUUAGAUCUGCAAAUGCUAACAAAGACGAAGAAGACGAAGCCAUAACCAAGAUUGUGGAGCUGUUGAAGUGUUCAGGGGACCAGUUGGAGAAAGAGUUGAAGAGAGACAAGGCUUUGCUGAGCUACUUCCAGGAUGGGCUGUCCUACUCCGUCUUCAAGACCAUCACAGACCAGUUCCUCAGGGGUGUGGACACGAGGGGAGAGUCAGAGAUCAAAGCUCAGAGCUUUAGGGCUGCUCUGGCGAUAGACGCCAUGGCCAAGCUCACCACCAUUGACAACCACCCCAUGAACAGGGUGCUGGGCUUUGGAACCAAGUACCUGAAAGAGAAUUUCACACCUUGGGUCCAGCAGCACGGAGGAUGGGAGAAAGUACUUGGGGUAUCACAUGAAGAAAUCGACUGAAACAUCAGAAGACUCUGGCAGUCUGGAGGACUCACCGUCCAAGAGGGGUCCGGUGCCCAUGGCUCUCAGCUCCAACCACAGGAGAAAAUGCAAACAGGCCAGAUGGAGCAGGGCGUUUCUCAAAGCCGGUGUUGUUUCUGGAACAACAGAAGGAGGCAGGAGAAGUCAUGUCAGCUCAGCCUCCCGCUCAUGGACUGGAGCCACCCGGCCUCUGGCAUCCAGGCUUUCCUGGGCCUCCGCUGAGUGGAGGAGGAAAGCCAGAGACACGAGUGGUGGUGUUCCCUUCCAAGGUUCUCAUCAGAACCCAGCCAUCAUCCUACCUCUGCUGGCCACUUGAGGAAGUGUGUCAUUUGCUCACCUCCUAAGGGCAAAUCAUAAAUUGUGCGUGUGCUCACUCUG